GCGCGGCCUUCCGGCGGCCUGAGGGGGUGGCACGCUCUGGAGGAGGCGGCGCGCACGGAGAUGCCCCGCGGAGGCCAGUCUCGUGGCUCGAAGAGAAAAAGAAAUUGGGAUGUAGAAUACCCACCCUUUCCAGGAGAGAGUCCACUGCAGUGCAGACGAGCAGGUCUCAGGACCGUGGGGGCAGAAGCUUCCCUCUCUGAAGCAUGGCUCAGGUGUGGAGAAGGAUUUCAGGAGACUCCUGAGACUCUGUCAUUAACAGCUGAAAAGAAGACUACUACAGAAAAACACCUUGAAUUAUCCUCUGGACCCAAGACAGAACCUACCACAUCUAAGAGUACCAGUGGGCUUACAGCUAUAACAUGGAGUUCCAGUGGAAGUGAUCUGUCAGAUGAAGAUAAAACAAUUUUUAAAUCACAGAGAGAGAAUGGACAUGGUUCUAGAAUAGGCAGGUUUUAUAGCAGGAAUAUUUUCUCUCCAGAAGAUGGGGCCAGUGAAGAUGAUCUCCAGGUUAUUGACUGGGAGAUUGACAGUGACAGGGAAGAUCCAUGUGAUGAAUUUGAUGACCGUGAGAGUGUGGUGGAAAUAUCUGACCAUGCUUCUUGUACAAGCAGUCGUUCUUUGACACCUCCAGAGACGCUGCCUGAACUUCCUAAGACAAAUCCUACAGAAAUUUUAGAGUAUUCAUCAGAUAGUGAAAAAGAUGAUGAGUCAGAGAAUGUCUUGUUCAUUGAUUCAGAAUCCUCUCACAAAUACCACGUGGAUUUCGGAUCAGAUGGAAGACAGGUUAUGGAGAGACCGAUAAACCCUAGGGUAAAAUCUACAGAGGCCAUUUUGCAUACACCUCAGAAAGAGACAAAGCUUCCCAAGACUCCAGAAAAUUCAGCAAAGAAGAAGAAGCUUUUAAGAGGCGGGCUAGCAGAAAGACUAAAUGGACUGCAGAAUCGAGAGAGAUCUGCCGUUUCUUUGUGGAGACAUCAGUAUCUUUCUUACCAAAGGACACUUUCAGGUAUAAAAUCUGGUAUAUUAACUGUGAAAAUUCUAGAGCUUCAUGAGGAAUGCACCAUCCAAGUUGCAAUGUGUGAGCAGUUAUCGGGGCUGCAGGCUGACAGCUCUUCUCAGGGUGGGGCCCCUGGGACUGGCCUGAGGGUUCUCUUCGCCAAGGAGACUGCACGCUGCCUCCGGGGACUUCCACAAGACAUCAUCCGUAUCUACCCUCCCUGGCAAAAGCUUAUUAUCCCAAAUGGAAGUUGCCCUGUUAUUCUGAAUACUUAUUUUUGUCAGAAAGUUGUUGCCAAAGAAGAUUCAAAAACAACACAUGAAGUGCACAGUUGGGACACACCCCUUCCAAGAAGAAGCAUCAUUUUGGCCCAGAUGUUUAGAUUGCAGAGCCUAACAAAUAACUCACCUGAAAACCAGGUUAUGUGUGGUGGUCACACCACCGUGGGCACAGACUGGACCCUCAGGCCCGAACAAGCAGAGCUGGGCUUCCCCGCCCGAACUCCCCUGAGGGAUUCUCUGCUGGAUGCAGUCGAAAGCCAAGGAGUUGCCACCUGGUCGGGAGCCGGGGUCCGGGUGGUGGUGCAGAGAGUUUACUCUCUUCGCUGCAGGUGUCAGCAGGCAGAUGGCACAGACCCUCCUGCAGUUCGAGUCUGCCUUCUCGUGCAAGAUGCCCUCGGACUCUUCAGUGAGGUGCACUCGGAGGGCGCCGUCCUGAAGGACAGGGAGUUGGAGGGCAAGUCCUGCAGGCUGGCGGGAAUGAAGGUUCUGCAAAAGGUCACCAGAGGAAGGAUGACAGAGCUUUUCAGUUUGAUUGACACCAUGUGGCCUCCAGUGGCGCCUCUGAAAGCACCAGGCCAUGGGCCAGCCUUCGAGGAAAAAACUCAUCUGCCUCCUCCUAGCUUCUGUUACAUCCUCACUGCUCAUCCAAACCUGGGACAAAUUGAUGCAAUUGAAGAAGACUCUAUUUCGAAGCUUUACCAGCCUCCGAUUCCCCGCUCCUUAAGAGAAAUUCUCCAGACUGAUGGCCCCUGUACCCGUUGCAGUUUCUAUGCCAGAGUGAUUUACCAAAGACCACAGGUAAACAGUUCGCUUCUGGAGCCAAGGGAGCUGUGGCUGGUGGUGACCGAUGUUACUCUGCAAACACAGGACGAGGGCUCGGGUCUCCCCAAAACCAUGCCUGUGCGCGUGGCCCCCUCAUGCGUGCUGGGCCAGGAAGUCCGGGACACGCUCUCUGAGGCCACCUCCAAGAGCUUCUUCUUCAGGGAUGCUCUCCGAGACCAGGGUCAGCUUGUUUGUAUUGGACGAACUGUCCUCCUGCUUCCAAAGCCCCACCUGGGUGUGGCCUCUGGUGUCUGGGAGCUGACGAGCCCUGUGAGGCUGGAUGAGCUGGAUUCUGUCACUCGGGUCAACUCCAUUUGCAGCGUCCAAGGGAUAACAGGACUGACCCCAAAGCCUUGCUGAGGAGUAAAUGAGCUGGUGGCGAAGGCGGACAUUCAGUGCUCCGUGCUCCGGACGGCAGGCGGCUGGCUGGGGGCUGGAGGCAGUGACGGCAAGGGUGGGGCGCCAGGGCCCUCAGGAUUGCUCUGGCAGAGUUGGUCAAGGCCUUGCAGACAGGAGAGGGCACGUGGAGAACGCCGGGCAGCCGUGAGAGCUUCGUGUGCUGGCGGAGCGGGGCUGUCGUGGGCAGGCUGGCCCUGUGCUGUUCUGCCGUCCCCGGCCGUGUUAACGAGGUGGGAUGGUCAGAUUUUUGUCUUAAAUGAAGCGAUUCUUUCAGCACCACGAAUGGAUCGACUGUGGUGCAAAGCCGGGGCUGGCUGUUGGCAGGAAGAUGAUUGCGCUGCUCUUUGGAGGAGCACGGGGGAAGGUGGCCACGAGGCUGGAGGCCGAGAGGGCCAAACUCGAGCAGUCUCAGGCAGCCUGUCCACAGCCUGUGGUUUCCAGCUGGCCGCCGAGAGGCUCCCAUCCCCUCACCUGUCUCAGAGCGGGGUCGCUCCCGGGCGCAGAGCAGGGAAGGAUGAGGAAGCAGCCCCCAAGUGACAGUCCCCACCCCUCCCACUUUGGCUUUAGGAGACCGCAGGCAUCGCCACCACCCGAAGCACCAUUUUAGGAGAAAGUGCACCUGAAGAGCUGGCUUCCUGAGGAGGGUUUGGAACCUGACCCACUCUUACCUGCAGCCAGGGAGUAAGAAGCACAGAGGUGCAAGCAGAGGAGAAUGUGUAGACACUUGUAGGGACAGAGAGAAGACCCGAGUUUUCUGAAGACCCUAAUAUUUUUUUUGUUUUUUUGUUUUUUGGGGUUUUUUUUGCGGUACGUGGGCCUCUCACUG